AUGCCCCAAGUCCCUGAUGAUGUUUCGUACUUGAAGGCAGCCAAGUGGUCCGAGUUAUUGUCUUUUUUGUGCAUUGGUGCUGUUACUAUCAACAAACCCAUUUUGAACCUUAGCAUAAAGGCAUUCCCAUAUGUUCCUAUGUUUAUUAUCAAGCCGUUGGUGUACAAGAUCUACUGUGGGGGUGAAACUGUCAAGGAUUUGUUCACCACGAGCGACCGGUUGAAGCAAAGAGGUAUCAAUAACAUGAUGUUGAGUUUAACCAUUGAGGCUGCUGAGGGAAACAAACAUAUUGACCCCAACUACAUUGUGGACGAAACCAACAAGUCCAUUACUGAUUUUUUGAUUCCCAACACUGUGGCAAAGAUGAAGGAGGCCGAAAACAUCAAUAGUAUUCCUCCCAGCUAUGUUGCAUUGAAGCCUACUGGUUUUGCCCUGAAUGCGGCUGAAGUGUUGAGGAACUACCAGAACAAUACUGAGUUUGACGACUUGGUCAACAAGAUAUCUACUGUUAUUGAAACUAUCUAUACCGCUAACCUCAAGUUGUGUCAGCAAUACCCAGCUAGAAGCUCUCCUAUAGUGGUAGGAGUUAUUGAUGCUGAGAAGCACGAUUUGCAGCCAGGGGUUUACGAGUUGCAAAGAAGAUUAUAUCAGAAGUUCAAUAAACCCAACCAGCCGGUCUCGGUUGUGGGAACCUUGCAGAUGUACUUAUCUGAGUCUGCACAAUUAUUGGCAUUGGAGGAGAAGUUGGCCAAAGAAAAUGACUAUAGGUUGGGCUUAAAGUUGGUGAGAGGUGCCUAUAUUCACUCAGAAGCCAACAGAAACACUAUAAUCCACAAAUCCAAAGAUGACACCGACAUGAACUACAACCUGGGUAUUAGUUACUGCAUUGAAAAUAUCAUGGCUGAAAAGAACAAUAACCACUCUACCAUAGGUCACUUGGUAGUUGCUUCCCACAAUGCCGAAUCCUUAAACUUGGCUACCGACAAGCUUAACCAGUCCAAUGACCUGAAUCCUAACAAGAACAACGUUGUUUUGGGACAAUUAUUGGGUAUGGCUGAUAACAUCACCUAUAACUUAAUCAAAAACAAAGGUGUAACCAAUGUUAUCAAAUAUGUUCCUUGGGGUCCACCAGUAGAAACUAAAGCCUACUUGUUGAGGAGACUAGAAGAGAACGGUGAUGCAGUGAAGAACGAUACGGGCUUCAACUUAAUCAAGGCUGUGGUGGCUGUUCUCUUUAGAAGAUUAUUCAGAUUAGCAUAA